GCGCCAUUUUUAUCUGCAUCAUAUUGGUGUGCAUGCCUGCUGGCGCGGGGCUGCGGAGCACUUUGCCUAGGGGAUAGCCACGGUUGCCAGCAACGGCAACAAGUGGUGCCCCGUGUGAGGCUCUAGGCGGAGUGCGGCGGUCCGACUGCGUGAUGGAUGCAGGAGCCCACCACGGUAGGGCGGUGGAAGGGCCGGAGGGGUUGGCCACCCCUGGGGCUUGAAUCCAGUAUGUACCUUCGGCUGUCUGAAGAAGGCAGGGGGGGGGAGCACUCCCCGGCGACCGCAAUGGAAUCCGUCAUUAAGGAUAUUUUCCAGAGAAAGCGGCGCUCAUCUUUCAGCCCAACUGAGCAGCUCAAGGCUGAGGCUUUUGGAGAUCUUGGAGGUGUAAUAGGAGGGAGGUUUUACAACCAGACCUACGGAUCUAGGAGAAAAUCAAUGGGCUGCCAUACACUCUUGGAAAAAGAAGACUUCCGUGGCCACAGAAAGUUCUAGGAGUCAUCCAACUGGAUUUGAAGACUGUCUGAAAGUCUCAAAUCUGUCACCUAGGGCUGUAUUCGCAUUCACUUCUUUCUGCUUAGAAGGAAAAGGGAAGGAGGCAGUGCAUCGGUGCCUAGGUGGGACCCUGCUAAGGGCCGUCGGAUGCAGCAGAUAUUUGGAAUGACAGCUUCUGCAGGCAUCGCCGCACAGCUCCAGUGGUUCCUCCGUCUGGUUGACAAAUUCCUGCAGCAUUAGCAGCGUCCUGUGGGACAAUCCUGCUUUGAACUCUGGGGAGAGCUUGCUUGUAGGCUGCCCAUUUCUUUUCUCAGGAACUUCGGCAAUGCGGAACAUUGUUGUUUCUUUGCUUUCAUGGAACCACAAUUUACAUAAAUACAAGAGGCAAAAGCCACAUCUGAGAAAAAAAAUGCUUUCGUAGAUUUUUAACCAUUGCUUCCUGUUGGGGUGUGAUAUCAUUAUGUUCAAAUUUAUCGCUUCUGAGGAGCAUUAGUGAUUUUCCACAGUACUACAGAACAGUCACUAGCAGUAGGUGACUCAAUUCCACGUUUGACUUUUCUAAAAUGCUGUCCAAGCUAGUGGGAAAAAAAGGUGGGCACCUGGUAUCAGUUUUAUAAUUGGGUUUUUCCAUAUGAGAAUGGGAAUUUUGUGAAGACUCGAUUAAAAGGAGUGGCCUCCUAUUCUCCCGUCACCCAUCAGUCUGACUUGCACAUGAAUGCCAGCAUGCUGUCAUACAUUCUCCUCUCUUGUGUGCUGCUCUCUGUGCAAGCACAGAAUUGCCAAGUCAGCGAAAUUAUCCGCAAUACAAGGAGUCUGCUUAACAAGACUCAAGAAAGUUGCCCAUGUAGGGAGACAGCUGCCACUCCUUGUUCAUGUCUUCCCAUCCCUGAGCCUGGCCAUGAACUGGCAUGCUUUGUGGAAGGAACCAAGCACAUGUUGGAGCACAACAUGACUUCAAACAUAAAACUUCUUCUGCUUAAUCAGUCCUUCCAGAUUCAACGGGAUAGAAACCUCUGUGAAAGUCUGACACGUGGAAAAAAAUGCGAGUACAAGACCAAGGGAACUGUGAGGACGUUUCUGGAAAAAAUCCUGAAAACCUAUCAGGAAAUCCAUAAAUCUAGAGUUUAAUUGUUUUAAAGAAAAGUUAAAUAAGAUGAAACUCUGCAAUAAAUGGGGGGGGGAGUGGGAAACAUUAUUUAUUGUAUUUAUUGUCCGUCUGAAAAUUCGAAGGUGGAAAUCACAACUGUUAAGAUCAAUAAAGCUGCUUAUGCAAGCAACAA